AUGGGUCGGCGAUCUAAACAAACGUCCUGCUUCGCGUGCGUCGAGACCAAGCGUCGAUGUGACAAGAAACUCCCAUCAUGCUCGCGCUGUCUAGAUAGGGACAUGGUCUGCACAUAUCCUCGACCAAGACGUCAAGGCCCGCAGUCUGACCCUGCCCCCAUCGAGACUACUCCGGUCGUCGGCUUCGAUGAUGUAUGGGCUCCCAUUGACUUCAAUGCCGAUGAAGGCAGUGCCAGUCACGUCGAGCUUGUGCCGGAUUCGGCACUGCUUGACUCGGCGUUGGCUGCAAGUCUGACCUACCCAUCUUUCAACUUUUUGCCAACGCCAUCCUCGAGUACUAUGGUCGAUCCCCCCGCCUCUGUCCAACUCACACGAAGAUUCGGGGACUUGGAUUGGUUCCUCCAACCUCAAGCUUGGACAGUAGCCUUCCAUUACCACCCGCCAGAUGCAAUACCUCCGGCUUCUGUCUUCUCAAACUUCAUCCGGGGCCUACAAGACUGGUUAUCACGUUUUGUUCGCAACGGCCACAAUCCCUUCAUCCACCGCCAUCUCUAUUCCGAGUCAGGUUACCCGCAGUGUAUGCAAGAUGCAUACUCUGCCAUUGCCAUUUCAACCGCCGCCACUGCCGAGAAUGAGAACAUCAUCGGCGCAAUAUCGUCUGCUCACAUCUCCAAUCUACUCAAUUCGGAGUCCUCAAGUUCCACAUCCUUCAAUGCACUCUCGGCCAGAGAUCACCUAGCCCGGACGCAAGCCCUUCUUAUCCACAUCCUUCUUGCACUAUUCUCCUCCUCUAUUCAACGUCGUGCCCGAGCUGAAAAUCUCAUGAGUACGCUUCAUGCCUGGAACACCCAGCUAUGGGAAUCUGUAAACCAGGGUACACCUUUCGCUCCUCUAUUAGCAAACAGUACCUCGGCAUUUGGCGGGCCUCAUACUGGAGACGUCGAUCCCGUCCCAGCCCUGUACCGAUCCUUUGUCCUCUCCGAGUCCAUCCGUCGAACAUGGCUGCUUUGCAAUCUCGCCACAGGUGUCUACAACAGUCUCAGAGGGGAACUCACUGAGGGGUGUGGGGGCGAUAUUCAGAUCACGACUCAUGCGAAACUGUGGGAGGCGCCAUCUUCGGCGCGUUGGGAGGCCGUUGCGCGCCACACUGACCCGUUGUUCAUCUACAGUCUUCAUGGCACGUCCCUUCUAGAACGAGGUGUCGGUGCUGCCCAGGUGGACGAGUUUGCACGGCAUUUGUUUACAGUCAUGUGGGGGAUGGAGAAAGUCGAAACUUGGGUGGUGCGAACAGGGGAUGAAGUCUCAGUGGUGUAUUAA